AUGGCGGCGAUCUCAACAGUCACCUGCAGUCUAGACAGACAUAAGACAGAAAUGAGGCAUCAGCACAUUACAUGGAGCCUUGACCAUGUGCCAGCAGUACAGGCAAAGCACCAUUUCUGCAUGUGCAGUCAGUAUGUCCCAGUUGAACCUUCUUCUCCUCGCCGGAGUGGUUGCUGUGGCAGCGGCUUUUGCAAGAUUGAAGAUGUACCAAAUGACAACCCAUUCCUUAACCUGGGGGCAAAAACCCCCCUAAUUGAAGGGGAUAUUUUCAUUCCUCCUGGGCGAAAUGCUCUCAUCAACACUGCUUACAGAUGGACGUUCCCUAUCCCAUAUAUUCUAUCUGAUAGCCUGGACCUGAAUGCUAAAGGAACUGUCUUUCAAGCAUUUGAGAUGUAUCGAUUGAAGUCCUGUGUUGAUUUUAAGCCUUAUGAAGGAGAAAGGACCUACAUCAAGUUUGAGAAACUAGAUGGAUGCUUUUCAAGUGUGGGAGAGCAACCUGGAGGGCAGGUCCUCUCCCUGGGGCCAGGCUGUGACCAUAAGGCGGUGGUGGAACAUGAGUUGCUCCAUGCACUGGGAUUCUAUCACAUGCAGUCCCGCCAGGACCGGGAUGACUACGUGAAGAUCUGGCUUGACCAAGUCAUUGAUGGCCUUCAGCAUAACUUCAACAAAUAUGAUGACAGCUUUGUUACUGAUUUAAACACGCCAUAUGACUAUGAGUCAGUCAUGCAUUAUAGACCUUUCUCCUUCAAUAAAGACCCCAAUAUUCCCACCAUCACCACCAACAUCCCAGAGUUCUUCAACAUCAUAGGGCAGUAUCUUGACUUCAGUGAACAAGACAUUGUGAGACUGAAUAGAAUGUAUAACUGCACUUCCAGUCUGACCUUGUUGGACCAGUGCACAUUUGAACACAUCAAUAUAUGCGGUAUGAUUCAGAGUUCUUCCGAUGAUGGAGACUGGGUUCACACCAAGAGCUCCUCUGGCUCCGCUCACACUCUCAUUGGCCAGCCUCGAGAUACAGGAUACGCUAUGUACUUUGACACAGCUGUCGGAAAUGCAUUGGAGUCCGGCUUGCUUGAGUCCCGCCUCCUGUACCCUAAAAGGAAGUUGCAGUGUCUUCAGUUCUUUUACAAAAUGAAUGGCAGCUCAAAGGACAGGCUGGCCAUCUGGGUCAAGAUGGAUGACGGGACAGGAACAGUGCGCAAACUAAAGAAACUGGACACAAUUUGGGCUGAUGAUGAUGAAACCUGGAAGAUUGCUCAUGUGCCUAUGCAAGUUGGCGUGAAAUUCCGCUACGUCUUUCAGGCAGUCAGUGGAGACCCUGCUAACUCCACAGGGGGUGUGUUCAUAGAUGACAUCAGCCUGAUGGAGACCCGUUGUCCUGCCGCUGUGUGGCGUAUUCACAAUUUCUCUGACAUCAUGCAGACCGCAAACCAUAAUACUGUGCUAAACAGCCCACGCUUCUACAGCUCUGAAGGGUACGCCUUUGGGGUAAGUGUGUACCCUCUCUCUAGCUACACUGAUUACUCGGGAGACUACACAGGACUAUACUUCCACCUGGCUAGCGGAGAGAACGACAGGGCCAUGAAGUGGCCAGCCGUGGACCGUCAGGCUACCAUCACAGUAAUGGACCAGGAUGCAGACAUUAAAUUGAGGAUGUCAUCUGCCCGAAGCCUCACCACAGACCUUGUGACGACUCCUGAAGGCAAAUUGUAUUGGGACAAUCCAGCAAAGGUUGGGACCUAUGAUCCUGAUUGCCAGUGCUACAGAGGUAAAUCGAGAGGCUGGAGAAAUUUUAUUAAACAUUUUGACCUCCGUCGAAGGAAUUACCUCAAAAACGAUGACCUCAUCAUUCUUCUUGACUUUGAGGACUUAACACCUUUGAAAAAUAGUGAGGUCCCUAUUGCUAUGGAAAACUGAAAGCACAAAGAGGCAAUGAAACUAUCAUCCCUCUCUCAUUGAUUCUGUAUCAAUGCAGGAUGUAGAUAUACCUUUAGAAGUAGACCAUUGACCCUGU